AUUUUGAUAGAAAAAAAAUGUUGGAAAAAAAUAUUUUAUUUACAAUAACCUUUAAUUGUUUUCUUUUGGUGCAAAUAUUAGGAAUUUCGAAUAGAUGUGUUUUAAAAGUUGAUGGACUUAUUAGUGAAACUCCACAACAACUUUGUGAUUUUAAAUCUCCAGAUAUACCCACGAUAGUUGAUAGUAAAGCAGAUAAUGCAUUUGCAAAAUGGAUUCAAAUGGGUGCAGCAGAUCCUAUGCCAGUUGACACAGAAAAUGAAAGUGAUUCACAUGAUCCACGGCAAAAUGCAGGCAAAAAUUAUGAUGAAAGUUUGAACUAUUUUGGUUUGCAUGUUGAAGAUGCCUGGAAAAAGGGUUACAACGGUAGUGGUAUUACAAUUGCUGUUACGGACAUAGGAGUUUCUGCUGACAUCGUUGACCUCAGAAAAAAUCUGAAUAUGGAUUUGGCUUAUAACUUCAUAGACAAAACAACAGACGUGUCUCCAGAAGACAUCGACAAUAACUAUAAGGCAGAGUCAAUGCGUUAUAUUGAUCACGGUAAUAGAUGCGCAAGUAUAAUAGCUGCUGAGAAAGGAAACGGAUUGUGCAAUGCUGGAAUUGCCUUUGCUGGAAAAGUUGUUCCGUUAAAGAUAUUUUCAUUGCUGCAUCAAUACAGAACAUUUAUCCUGCACACAACGGGCGACAUCAUGGGUGCUGCUUUAUCCUACCAUAACGAAGAUAUUCAUAUCUACUCAAAUAGCUGGUCGCCACCCACAAAAUUUGGACCACUUGAUGAUGCUAUGAAAAACGCUAUUUUUCAUGGAGCAACAAGAGGAAGGAAUGAGCUUGGGUCAAUAUAUGUUUUUCCGGAUGGUUCGGAUGGAAUUACUGGCAGUGGGCACGCAAACAGUAUAUAUACCAUUGCAGUCAAUAGCGUAAAUAUCGGAGGUUCCUUGCCAAAGAAUCCUGAAGUUAGCGCAUGCGUGAUAACAUCUGGCCUCGGUGAUGGGAACAGACUCACUACAAAUAGUAUGAUGACAUCAUCAUACAACAAUGCAUGUGUUGAAUCAUUCAAGGGCGUUUCGGCGGCUGUUGCUGAAGUGUCUGCUAUCAUAGCUCUAGUCUUACAAGCAAGGUAUCGACAAUUUUGUUAUCUUAUUUGUUUCGUAGACAUCCACUAA